GGGGUUGGACAGGCUCGUAGCCAUCGGGGAAUUCCCCCACUUUCCCGAACGGGAAAAAUUUGGGGAGGGGAUUGUGCGAAAAAAUGAAUUUUUUCGCCUAAGGCUUUCCAAAUUUUUAAAAAUUUUCGCCUGGGAUUUGAGGAUGGCAUAAGCGAUCAUAAUUGGGUGAGGUUGAGGACCAACACUAGCAAAAAAUUUUUGUUGAUUGAAAUCAAGAACGUAUUUAGGUUUCGAUUUUAGAGAGGGGAGGUGAUAAUAAAGGGUUCGCUUGGGAUGGGUUGCCAGAAACCCAGACUUUUUUCGUCUCGAAACUUGACCCGACUUUUUUUAAUCCGGCAAGUUUGAAUGGAUAACCACCGAUGGAUCUAAAAAUAACUCAACACCAAAAUAUUCAAAACCCCGUGGUUGCUGUUGAACAACGUGAAACUACGCCAGCGCCACAGCCUGGCAUUGUACAUCAGGGCUCGACAACAAUAUUACCAAACACUGCGACUACAACCAACCCACCACCACAACAACAAUUAUCACAGUUCGACAUUUCUCCUAGUCAUUCAGUCCCGGCUACUUUGGGAAGUGAAUUUGUUCCGCCUGCUGAUGGUAGUCUAGCUCAAAAUAGCAGCACCGCUUCAAUUUCUGCUGCAGUUACAACUGGUGGACCUAAUGCUGACCUUGUAAAAACUCAUUUGACUUUUGCUGUUCGAGAAGAAGUGGAAAUUUUGCGUUCAACAAUUAUGGAUUUGGAAAAUAAGGUAAAUUUCCUCGAAAACGAAAACCAAAUUCUUCGUCAAUUUGCCCCUAUUGACUUUGUUUCUACAUUGCCUUCACUCCAACAGCAACAAAUUUCUUCGAAUUCAAUUUCUUCAGCAAAUGGUGGGGGAGGAUUAACAAUGGAAGGAGGAGGAGGUGGGGGAAGAGUAAAUUCACCCCCUACAACUUUAAAUAAUCAGGAAAAUAAUUAAAAAUUUUUUAAAAAAUGUUUAAGAGGGGUAUAUAUUUUUUUGUGUGUGUGUAAUAUUUUUGUCUUUUAUUUUAUUUGACGCUUUUUAAAUUUUUGCGGACAACAAUUGCGGACAAAACUAAAAUUCUGAUUUUUUAUAAGUUAUGAUUUUUUAAAUUAAUUCUGGUUUUAAUUCUGACCUAUUCUGAUUUUUAUCCUGAUUUUUGAAUAAAUUCUGAUUUGAAAUUCUGAUUUUUUUAAAAUAAAUUCUGAUUUUUUUAAAUAAAUUCUGAUUUUUUUGAAGAUAUUCUGAUUUUAAUUCUGGCCUAUUCUGUUCUGAAAUUCUGAUUUUUUUGAAAUUAUU